GGCAAGGGGCUGUUGUUUGGGAUCAGCAAAUCCAUAGGAGGGGCCCUGGGUAAGGAAGGGAAGGAGAAGAAGGAGAAAGAGGAGAAGGAGAAGGAGAGGAGGAAGAAGGAGAAGGGGGAGAAAGAGAGUACGGUGGGAAGCAGCUUCGUGGCAGCUGCAGCAGCCAGAGCAGCGGCAGCUGCUGCCACAAAGGAGCAGCUUGGGGCCGCUGCUGGAUCAAGAGGUGGGGGAGGGGGGGACGGGGUGGGAGGAGGGGGGGGUUGGAUUGGGAGGAUGAGUCCAGGGGGGAGUGCUCAAGGUAGUGCUGGUGGUGGUGGUGGCGGUGGUGGUGUUGGUGCUGGUGGCGGUGAUGCUGGUGGUGGCAGCAGGGGCGGCACGGGUGUGAGCAGCAACAGGAGCAGCAGCAGCAACCUGCACCAGCAGGAGCAGGCGCCAGCAUUAGAAGCUUCUGGAGUGUCUAGUGCCAUAUCGACUGAGCAACAGCAGCAGCAGCAGAAGCAGACUCAGCAGUACCAGCAGCACUACCAGCAGCAGCAGUUUCAGCAGGAGGCAGAUCGCGAGUCAGUGAGCGAGCGAGACUCAAUCUCAGAGCGGGGAGCCGAUGCCGAGGACACAGAAGGGGAGAGCGUCGACGGGGAGAGUGUGGAGGGGGAGAGCACAGAGGGGGACCGCGGCGACGGGAGCAUCAGCGGUGGUGGGGUUGGGAGUGGCAGUGGGAGGAAGGGGCGGAAGGGGACGAAGAAGGCGGGGUUGCGGGGGUGGCUGACAAAGAAGCUGCACGCGUCCUCCUCCUUGCCCCCUGCUAGUCCGGAACGAGGGGGCGGGCUCGCCUCCCGGUCCGUUCCGACCCGCCCCGGUGGGAGCCCGGGCCGCCUGUUGGAAAGCCCAGGUGGCUCGCCUAGCCAUGGUGGGGUUGGCCUGUCGCCUGGCCGGGUUGGCCCGGGGGCGAAAGGUGGCAGCAGCUCACAGGAUGGGAUCAGCUUGGCGCACAGCCGAGGGGGGUCGUGGGAGGACGGGCCAGGAGGUGGUGUUGGCGGGGGCAGUGGUGGUGGUGGGGGCAGUGUGGCUACUGUGUAAUGGUGUUACUGGGGGCCGUCCAGGCAUGUCAUGGCUGGAUUGGCCCGGGGGUUAAAGUUAAAGAUGGCAGUGGCUCACAGGAUGGGGUGAGCCUGCUGCACAGCCGAGGGACGUCGUGGGAGGACGGGCCUGGGGUGGUGGGGGCACUGAUGCUGCUGUUGCUGCUGCUGCUGCUGCUGGUUGCAGUGUGAGUACUGUGGAUUGGAGUAGCUUGAGCACAGGCAGUGCUGGCAGCACUGCCGACGAAGCGAACUCGCCUAGGCACGGUGGGAGGGAUCAGCUUGUUGCUUAGCUGAGGAGGGUAGCUUGACACUUAGCCGAGGGGGGUUAUAGGAAGGAGGCCCGGCAGGGGGUGACAUUUGAGUUGACUCAAGAGGAGGGGCCUUGGAGGGGUGGGUGUAUUGAAAGUGAUGCAAGUGGUGCUGCUGGUGCUGGUGGUGUUGUUGCUGCUAGUGGUGGUGCUGUGGAGUGGUGUAGCAGCGCCAGAGCUUAUCCCUUUCUCCCUCGCCCUCCUACACCCGCUUCUCCCAUCCCUUCCUCCUGUCUCCUCACCCCACUACCUCAGAGGGUUGAAAACUCUCCUGUCCUCUCCUUGUGCACGUUUGUCCCCCCACCCCUUCCCCCCUUCCCCUCCCCCCCUCCCCCAUCCCCUACCCCUCGUCCCUACCCUUCCCCACCUUGUAUUUUAGAACCUCACCUCACCCUUCCUAGUGUUAUCGCUCAAAGGUCUUCGAUGCAUGUGCCGAGAGACUCUAGGUGCUAAGUGUCGAAGUUCUUGGUCACGAGUGAGUGAUACACUUUGUAUCACUUAGCACUUAAGGUACUAGGUUCAGAUACAAACGAGCUCAGUAGGGCAGAUCUCCGGACGUCACAUUGGACUUGCGAUUGCAGCAUUUUGUUUGUUUUCCCAUAAUUUGCCUGCUAUGCUGCACUGUCUGUAGUGUUGCCAGCACAACUAUUUAUGCUAGACAAUGUUUGCCCAGUAGCUCAACUAAGGGUGAAUUCCUAUUGUUGUAAAUACCUCGAAG